AUGGCACAGAGAGGAGAUCAGUUGGGCCAAGAAACAAUCAGCUGUUCGAUCUGUCUGGAUCUACUGAAGGAUCCGGUGACUAUUCCCUGUGGACACAGUUACUGCAUGAGAUGUAUUAAAGGAUUCUGGGAUGGAGAGGAUCAGAUUAAGCUCUACAGCUGCCCUCAGUGCAGAGAGGCCUUCGCACCAAAGCCCGUCCUGAAGAAAAACACCAUGUUAGCAGAUUUAGUGGAGCAGCUGAAGAAGACUGGACUCCAAGCUGCUCCUGCUGAUCACUGCUAUGCUGGACCUGAAGAUGUGGCCUGUGAUGUCUGCACUGGGAGGAAGCUGAAAGCUCUCAAGUCCUGUCUGCAGUGUCUGAUCUCUUACUGUGAGAAUCACCUCGAGCCUCAUUACAAUGUAAGUCAAUUUCAAAAACACAAACUGGUCGACCCCUCGAUGCAGCUCCAGGAGAACAUCUGCUCUCGUCAUGAUGAGGUGAUGAAGAUAUUCUGCCGCACUGAUCAGCAGAGUAUCUGUUAUCUCUGCUCUGUGGAUGAACAUAAAGGCCACGACACAGUCUCAGCUGCAGCAGAAAGGACUGAGAGGCAGAGAGAGCUCGAGGUGAGUCGAUUAAACAUCCAGCAGAGAAUCCAGGACAGAGAGAAAGAUGUGAAGCUGCUUCAACAGGAGGUGGAGGCCGUCAGUCUCUCUGCUGAUAAAGAAGUGGAGGACAGUGAGAAGAUCUUCACUGAGCUGAUCUGUCUCCUCCAGCAAAGAAGCUCUGAUGUGAAUCAGCAGAUCAGAUCCCAGCAGGAAACUGAAGUGAGUCGAGUCAAAGAGCUUCAGGAGAAGCUGCAGCAGGAGAUCACUGAGCUGAAGAGGAAAGACGCUGAACUGAAGCAGCUCUCACACACAGAGGACCACAACCAGUUUCUACACAACUACCCCUCAGUGUCACAACUAAGUGAACCUACAGACUCAUCCAGCAUCAAUAUCCGUCCUCUGAGAUACUUUGAGGAUGUGACAGCAGCUGUGUCAGAGCUCAGAGAUAAACUACAGGACAUCCUGAGGGACGAAUGGACAAACAUCUCACUGACAGUGACUGAAGUGGACUUUUUACUGUCACAACCAGAACCCAAGACCAGAGCUGAGUUCUUAAAAUAUUCAUGUGAAAUCACUCUGGAUCCAAACACAGCAAACACAUCAUUGUUAUUAUCUGAGGGGAACAGAAAAGUAGAAAUAAUGAGAAAACAACAGUCGUAUUCUAGUCACCCAGACAGAUUCACUGGAUGGUCUCAGGUCCUGAGUAGAGAGAGUCUGACUGGACGUUGUUACUGGGAGGUGGAGUGGAAAGGGAAAGGAGUUGGUGUAGCAGUUGCAUACAAGAACAUCAGAAGAACAGGACAGUCAAUUGAAUGUUUUUUGGGAUUUAAUGACAAAUCUUGGGCUUUAUAUUGUGACAGUAACAGUCAUCAUUUUUGGUUCAACAACAUUAAAACUCUCAUCUCAGGUCCCCGUUCCCGCAGAGUCGGAGUGUACCUGGAUCACAGAGCAGGCAUUCUGUCCUUCUACAGCGUCUCUGAAACCAUGACUCUCUUCCACAGAGUCCAGACUACAUUCACUCAGCCUCUCCAUGCUGGAAUUUGGCUUGAUUCUCCUGGAGACACAGCUGAGUUUUUUAAACUCAAAUAGACAGAAGUCAUUCCAGACUUCAUGUGUCAGACUAUGUGUUGUAAUUUUGAAUGUUUUUGUCUCCAUGUUUCUGAGAGCUCGUUGCUGUUUCUGAACUGCACAGAGA